GCUAAGCAGCUGGAUAACGUGUCAAGUGCACCCUCCUCCCCACCCCACACCCGGAAAGGAUCUAACCUGGUAUUGCUUGGUAGUGAUUACCUAAUGACCAGAUCGAGAGGGUGGUCAUUGCAUGUGCGCAUGUGCGCAGGAGGUGUCAAAUCUUCCAUUAAGAUACCAAACCCGAACAGCUUUACCAACACUCCAAUCAGCCCCUUUCUUGGCCUCCACUUGAUUGACAUUGCCAUGCCAACGAGCUUGAUGACAAGAACUAACGAUGAAGGCUGAAGUCAAUAUCGAUAGUCAGGCAUUAAGCUGAGGCAGACGAACAUCUGUUGUUCAUUUAGACCGUCCUGGCUUUUCCUGGCCUAGUUUUUCACGCGUUACUUGCGCCUCUACGAGAAAACAUUUGCUGCUCAAAAAAAAUACUGAAAAGUUAACGUUUCUACCAAACUUUGGAAGCCAUCUUGUAGCUGCAAAACUUAUAGGGUUCAGUUCGUUGUGUUUCAUUCAACACUCGAAUCCUAUUUCUGCAAUUAAUUUUUAAUCAAGGGAUUUGAUAUAUACCCAGCACCAGGUAAAAUGUUUUCUUGCCAGAAAGUAUUUAGUAUAUUCAUUCAAUAUCGUAAGGAUUUCAAACUGAAUAGAAAUGUCAGCCCCUUUAGCACCUUAAGUAUUAAUUUCUCUCACAAGAGUUUUUAUUUAUUUCAGAGUUUAAAGGAAAUCUUCUAUCGCUAAUGAUCACUGCUUGUCAGGUGUAUAAAGUGACCGGAUUCUAAGACAUACAUCUCCAAGGUGCACUAACUGUUCCAUUAACGAGAUAGACCAGGUCAUUUACUUCAUAUCAUGGAUAUUACGAACAUAUCCGGGCUUUUACCGAAUCGUACGAACGGGUCCGACGUUAGCCCGACGCCGCUCGUGCGUGGAGAACUCGAGCCGUACGGCGUGCAGAUCUUCCGAUUAUGUCUAAGUGCAGUUAUCUGUUCUGUCGGUCUGGUGGGGAAUCUCUUGGUUGUGAUUAUUACCUCAUGCAACCGCAAAGCCAGCACGGCUGUUAACUAUUAUAUCUUAAAUCUUGCUAUCGCUGAUCUCGGAAUCUUGGCUAUUUGUUAUCCGUUCAUUCUUGUCAAGAAUGAAGACCCCAUCCACUGGCCUCUGGGCUACUUUACAUGUAAAAUCAUCUACCCACUCUCUGAUAUAUUUUUCGGCGUUUCGAUUGGCUCGAUCGUUGCUAUAGCAAUCGACAGGUACAAGGCCAUUGUGCGUAGUAUCCACGCGCAAAAGACCCUUCAAGCGGCAAAGUGGGUCAUCAUCUUCAUCUGGAUGUUCGCAUUUAUUGAUAUUACUUUACCUCUGUUUUUCGUCAUGGAGUACCUGGUUGAUGUCCAUGGAAAGGGCACCAUCGACUGUACACCUAACUGGCCGAUGAUAAAUAUCACCCUCCCUUUAUACAUAUUCUCCUUGUCAUUUUUCUGGUAUUUUCUCCCCAUGGCGAUCAUCUUGUGGACUUAUGUUCAAAUUGCGCAGAAAAUACGAGCCAGUAAGAACUUACACAAAGACAUGAGGAAUCUGGUGGGGAAAAAGUACAACAAGGAGAGCAAAAAGGCCAGAAAACAUGACGAUCAGAACACCAAAGCCCUCAAGAUUCUCAUUCCUGUGGUUGUGACGUUCGCCUCCACUAUGCUACCCUUCCACGUGUUUCGAAUCGUCUCUGUCUUCGUACCAGUGGGACGCUUCGAGUACAUCUGGGCCAUCUACAACAUCUGCACGGCUCUUCUCCUCGCCAACAGCUCGGUCAACCCCAUCAUUUACUCCUUGGUCUCGGAGGACUUUCGGCGGCGUUUCAAACACGUGCUGUGUCUCCAAUGGAGCCGUCUCCAUGACAACGUCUCCGUGCGACGAGCGGGAACUUUUACGACACGGAUGACAUCACAGAGAAGUUUCAAUACUGGCCUAUAAACUGGCAUUCGUGAGUAUUCGUUAUAGGCUUACAAAUGCAUUUUUUCUAACCACUCCCAAGAACUGUAAACAUUAAACACCAUCUCUUUGACAACGCCCUACUUUGAUUGAGGAGCAUGAAACGUUGAAGACAAUAAUGACGUCAUCAUUCAUUCAUAAGAAGUAAACAUUUUGACAAAGGCUUUGUUUGCCAUCCAAUUAUUGUGUAUUGAAAAUCGUUUUUAUAACGCCACACCACAAUAAUUGCAACCAGUUCUGACGUCAUUUAAAAAAUAGUCGUACUACUCUGACAAAAUUGUUACUGGUCAUGCAGAACUCGCUGUCCUCAGUUCGUUUCUAUGGCAACCUAACGUCACAUACCUUAAGCCACUUUGACGUCACGAGUCGAAAAAGCUAAGCUAGACAGGUCCACACUAGGAGAUAUUUGUAUCUGAGGGCAUCAAAAGUUGUCCAAAAAUACUCAAGGAAUGAUCAAAUGUAGAACGUUGGUUGGUUGGUACACUGACUGCAGAUGGAGAGGUCUACAGUUCAAGCUAGAGAAACCUUAAACACUCGUUUCGACUUCUUUCACUCUCUACUCCCUCCAAUAAAAAAAAAGCCGAGACUUGAGAUUUCAAAAUCUACGGUGCCGACAUCAACCGAAAGUUGAAAUCAUAUCUCUUUGGGGUUUUGAACAUUGGAGAUUUCAUUCGAAACAUUGUCAGUAAAGUCAACUCAUCCACAAGAAAGAUAGACUUUUAAAACAAGAAAUCCCGAAGUAAAGCUAUUUGCGUCGCCGUCGUAGAAUUUGCAAAUUUUUAUCUCUCUAAUAGUAAUGUUAGAGAGACAGGGAGAGAGGGAUAAUGGGAGGGGAAACGAAGUUCAAUCUAGGUUAACGAACUGGGAGAGGGUUAAUUCAAAAGCAUAUAUAUUCCUUCUAAAAUAGUUAGCGGGGAAAAGGAUUUUUUAUGCUUUAACUGUUCGGGUAAACUUUUAAAAAUUGUAUAGCAUUCUUAAAUAUUUUUCUGUGUCGACGGAAAACGUUCGAUCUCUUGAUGCUCUAAAGAUUUUUUAGUGAAUGACAGAGUGGAACAAUAGCUAGAUAGAAUGAUGGGUGUUAUCGUACUCGUAUUUUAUUAUGAAAGAACAAGAAAUUGAUUUUUUUUCUGGAAUUUAGGAUAGAAUAGGAGAAAGAUUUUGAGCAGAGCGGAGAGGAAGAGCUCAGAGGAAAGCAGGGCAGAGGGAAAGAUAGCAGAGGAGGAGAGGAGAGGAGAGGAAAGAGAGGAGAGGAGAGGA